CCUUCACUCUUCCACUUUCUUCUUCCUCUUCAACUUUCUCUCUUUCUAUAUCCAUCUCCCUCCAAAGCAGUCCUUUUCCUUCUCAACCACAUCUUCUCAGGCAAAACCCUUCUUCCUUUGUCCCUUUACACACCAUUUCUCUCUCUCUCUCUCUCUCUCUUCAUCUUCAAAACUAGAGAGAGAAAGAUGUCUAGCUCUGCUGUCAUGGCGGUGGCAGAGGUGUCAUCACCUUCUAACGCCAAGACCCGCCUUCUUCAGUCGUCUCAGCUCUCAUUCUCGUCGACCCAUCUUUACUCUCUUCGCCGCUCGGCUUUUCGCCCCAUUCCCACCACUCAAAAAGCCAGAAUUUCUUGCUCUGUUGCUCCGAAUCAAGUUCAAACUCCGAUCCCGGUUCAAGUUGAAGGUCCCAAGACUAAGUCUGAGUGCUAUGGCGUGUUCUGCCUUACUUAUGAUCUCAAAGCUGAGGAAGAGACGAAAUCCUGGAAAAAGAUGAUUAACAUUGCAGUCUCCGGUGCAGCAGGAAUGAUCUCUAAUCAUCUGCUCUUUAAACUUGCAUCUGGUGAGGUUUUUGGUCCUGACCAACCUAUCGCGUUGAAACUGCUGGGAUCUGAGAGAUCACUCCAAGCUCUUGAAGGAGUUGCUAUGGAAUUGGAGGAUUCCUUGUAUCCCUUGUUGAGGGAGGUAAGCAUAAGCAUUGAUCCAUAUGAGGUUUUCCAAGAUGCAGAAUGGGCUAUUCUAAUAGGAGCAAAGCCUCGAGGACCUGGAAUGGAACGGGCUGAUUUAUUAGACAUAAAUGGACAGAUCUAUGCCGAGCAGGGAAAAGCUCUCAACUCCGUUGCAUCACGUGAUGUUAAAGUUAUUGUGGUUGGCAACCCCUGCAAUACCAAUGCACUAAUUUGUUUGAAAAACGCUCCAAAUAUACCUGCAAAGAACUUCCAUGCCUUGACACGGUUGGAUGAAAACCGAGCAAAAUGUCAGCUGGCCCUUAAAGCUGGUGUGUUCUAUGAUAAAGUGUCUAACGUGACAAUCUGGGGAAACCACUCAACAACUCAGGUUCCAGAUUUCUUAAAUGCUAGGAUAGACGGCUUGCCUGUGAAAGAGGUCAUCAAGGAUCACAAGUGGUUAGAGGAAGAGUUCAUGGAAAACGUUCAGAAGAGAGGUGGUGUGCUCAUUAAAAAAUGGGGAAGAUCUUCAGCUGCAUCAACUUCCGUGUCAAUUGUUGAUGCCAUAAAAUCUCUGAUUACUCCAACCCCCGAGGGUGACUGGUUUUCUUCUGGAGUUUACACCAAUGGAAAUCCAUAUGGUAUAGCAGAGGAUAUAGUUUUUAGUAUGCCAUGCAGAUCAAAGGGAGAUGGUCACUACGAACUUGUAAAGGACGUAAUAUUUGACGACUACCUCCGCAAGGGAAUAGCCAAGACUGAAGCUGAGUUGCUAGCUGAGAAGAGAUGUGUGGCUCAUCUUACUGGCGAGGGUAUUGGUUACUGUGAUCUACCAGAAGAUACAAUGCUUCCAGGAGAGAUGUGAUCAUAAAACAAGUAACUUAACUCUAUCUCAAGGAUAUUCAUACGGAAGCUAUGAUAAUGACCAAAUGAGAGAAGAAAAUGAAUUUACAUCUAAACCAUCAUUUAUGUAAAGCUACAUAUAUGCUUUAUAUGUAGAAUAAACAUGAAAAGGUUAGCGGUAGAUAAAAAUGUAUCAAAUUUUGAGAUUAUGAUGCGUCUCUGUUCUGCAGCUUGUAAUAUUUAUGCUUUGCUUGUUUUCAAUUGCUUGUCAAUUUAUGGUGCAAAUGUGGGCAAUUGCUGAAUAAUUGUACUAUCUACUGGUGUAAAUGAUCUUUAAACUCUGGUUUCUGUACAAUGAUUCUCAUUAUUGGUCGCUGAGUAUUCUUUGAUAGGAUAUGGAAAGAUACCCAAGUGGCAGAGCACUGUUUUGAA